AUGAUUAUCAUAUUCCUCGUUUUCUAUGCUACGAUUAUCAUAUUCCUUAUUUUCUCCAUUAGGAUUAUCAUAUUCCUCGUUUUAUACAUUAUGAUUAUCAUAUUCCUCGUUUUCUAUGCUACGAUUAUCAUAUUCCUUAUUUUCUCCAUUAGGAUUAUCAUAUUCCUCGUUUUAUACAUUAUGAUUAUCAUAUUCCUCGUUUUCUAUGUUACGAUUAUCAUAUUCCUUAUUUUCUCCAUUAGGAUUAUCAUAUUCCUCGUUUUAUACAUUAUGAUUAUCAUAUUCCUCGUUUUCUAUGUUACGAUUAUCAUAUUCCUUAUUUUCUCCAUUAGGAUUAUCAUAUUCCUCGUUUUAUACAUUAUGAUUAUCAUAUUCCUCGUUUUCUAUGCUACGAUUAUCAUAUUCCUUAUUUUCUCCAUUAGGAUUAUCAUAUUCCUCGUUUUAUACAUUAUGAUUAUCAUAUUCCUCGUUUUCUAUGCUACGAUUAUCAUAUUCCUUAUUUUCUCCAUUAGGAUUAUCAUAUUCCUCGUUUUAUACAUUAUGAUUAUCAUAUUCCUCGUUUUCUAUGCUACGAUUAUCAUAUUCCUUAUUUUCUCCAUUAGGAUUAUCAUAUUCCUCGUUUUAUACAUUAUGAUUAUCAUAUUCCUCGUUUUCUAUGUUACGAUUAUCAUAUUCCUUAUUUUCUCCAUUAGGAUUAUCAUAUUCCUCGUUUUAUACAUUAUGAUUAUCAUAUUCCUCGUUUUCUAUGCUACGAUUAUCAUAUUAUUUUCUCCAUUAGGAUUAUCAUAUUCCUUAUUUUCUAUGAUAUGA